UGGAGAGGUUGUAUGUGACCGUCUGAUGCGUUCUCGUGCUUUACUUGAUGAUUGUUGAUGAGAAGUGACCGAUUAAGUGGAGAUGUUGAAAUGACGUGAAGGAAUCAAUAUUAUGGGUGUGACUUUCAAGAGGGGACAAGUGCAUUGUAACCAACAUGGCGGUGCAGUCCGAAGACUCCGUGGCGUCGUGGCAGUUACCCGGCAGCAGGAAGGCCCACUCGCCGACCAUCUACCUCGACUUGGCUAGUUCCGUCAUUAGAGGUUCCGUGGACACUCUGCUGAGCUCUUCGGCCCUCAAGCCUCCUGCUCGCGAGACCGCCGCCAUGAUCUACUACACGCUCGACCCGCAGUUCGGAGCGUUGCUCUUCUCGCUCUACUCGCGCAACGAACGGUGUUCGCUCUUCGUCGACCCCUUCGCUUCGUGCAGCUUCCCUCCCGCGACAGGCACGGACUUGCUGACGCAGGCACAGUCCGCGCUGCUGCAGCUCCUCGAGAUCGGCCAGCACUACGCCUGCUUCUUGUCUCAAGUGCGGGCGGGCAGCGUGGUGCUGCUCGUGGGUGUCGGGUCACUGGUGUGCUGGAGACUCUGGACGCAAUGGCGCUACGGCGACGACGAGGCUGACGGCGCUGUGGACUCCCGGGGACCCUCACCGAAGGUGACUCCCAGGAGGAGCGAGGCGGCGUCCUCACGUAGGCUGGGGAUCCUGGCUUCGCUCCUGGAGGAGGAGCUCGUCCAAGAGGAUGGCGGUGGUGGCGACGACGAAGAUCCAGCAUUAAUCCAAUUGCUGUACUUGCUGAAGGAGAACUUCUUCGACAUAGCGCCGGGCCGCUACUUCGGGCCGGACAGUCCGGGCUACGAGCAGAGCCGGGGUGCGGGCGUUGCCGUGCUGCCAGGUGACCUGCAGUCCCGCUGUGCAUCCAAGCGGAGAAGUGAGCGUGAGCAGUUGCUAGGGGCGCCGCCCGUCGACGCGAGCACCCCCAGCAGCAGCAGCAGCGCCGCGUCGCCCUCGGAGCAGCGCUACCUUGCCGACCACAGCGCCUCGGCCUCCUCUAGAGACAAGGAAGAGAGCAGCAGCAGCGGUGGGGAGGAGAGCGUCGCGGAGGCUCGGGCUGCCGCGCGAUGUCGCCGGCGACGCAAGAAGAUCAGCAGGACGCGCCUCUGCGAGCUCCAGAGCAGAGACAGUGAGUCUUGCACGCCUGAGACGCGUGACGUAAGCCAAGAAUCUACAAGAGAGAUUGAGUUUGCCAAGCGAUGUUACUUCGCAAAUCCAGGCUCGGAUGAUGACGGGGGCUCCACUGAUGCCAUGGGAGAACCAUGCGAGGAUGUGUGGUCAGGAGCGCCGUAUUCAGAUCUGCUAGAGCGCAUGCGAUCACGUCAGGUGCGUCGGUCGCUGUCCCGGGACCCUUCUGUCUGUUCCAACAUGUCUGAUCUUAUGUCACCAAACUCAUCCCAUUUCCGACUGCCCUUCAAACGUGAGGACUCUGUCUGCUCGAACCUCUCUGACUUCACGGUGUCCGAGUGCUCCGAACUUUCAAUGGACGUCUCCGUUAAAGAGGAAGUUAACAACACCUUCAGAUGCCUGGAGGAAAUUGAGCAGGAUCUUGAUGAGCUGAAAACUUCGGUUUUGCAAAUGGACGAGGAAGUUGCAUUGUUUGCGACCAAGCCUAACCCGUACUCGCUGAAGAUGACUUUCUCGGACUAUUCUUUGUCGUCCAAAGAGGAUAAUGAUUCUCUUCCUCACCUUCACGAUGAGUCAUCUUGUUUGGACGUCCAGCAAGUGGUGCUUGUCGGUGCCGCCUCUGCAUCAUCCGAUGCAAGAGUUCGAGAAUUACCUGGGUUGCCAGCACCUGUCAACGAUGAUAAAGUGCCAGCUGUGUUGACGCUAUCGGGUGGCAAGACUGUUAACGGCAUCAGUGCCACCCGUCAACUAUCGGACACUGAGGCAGAGGCAUCGCUGGAGUGGGACUCGCCCCGCCACGGCUGGUCGACUGUUCAGCCGUCCGAGGCUGUCACUCAGAGCGUGGCGCACAAGGAGGAGGCUCUGGUGUCGCUGGAGUGGGACCAUGGGGGCGUGAAGCAGCUUCCUGAGCCUGCGCUGCCCCUGCGCCGCCACGGCAGCCCUCACGACUUCCACGACAACACGGCGCUAGGCUUGCAAAAAAUGGAAGGAUUUGAAGAAUACAAGAAAACUUGCCGCAGAAGCCAGUUGUUGCCGGACCACUCGUCACUCGAGCUUGAUCUUGAACUGGAGCUCAACGGUCCAGCGUUGCUGCCACCCAGCAUCGGUCCAGACCAAUGCCAGGCGUCGCCCAUACCCACGCCGCUGUUACAAGGAGCUGAAGGCCUCCCCAGUAUUAAGGGCAAGAAAUCUUUGAUGACGGAGUCCACAGACUCCGCCAUCGUGACCUCCAUGACUGCUUCAGGGCUCGGAAACUUUGAGCUCACGGCCUCGGUCACGGCCGUCAUGGAAGGCUCGACGGACUCUGCCAUCUACUCGGCUCCAGGCUCACGUUCCGCGACCGCCAGUCCUGUGCCCCAGAGCUUCCUGCCUUUAAGCUCUGCAGGUGUGGGUUGCUGUCGACGCGCUGACAACGACGCUUGUCCGCGUAGGGACGGCGGCAGCAGCCGCUGCUCGUCCGCAGGCCGAGACGUGCGGGAGGACAGCGACUGGCGCGGCGGUGGCCGGCGCUGGGGCAGCGCAGAGAGCGGCUUUGCCGAGCCCGAUAGUGACGGACCGGCGGCCUGCCUCGAGCCACUCGCUGAAGUCAGGGAACGCUCAGAAAACAGCAGUUGCAGCAGCAGCAGUCGUUCGUCUCCAGCACACGUCGGCACUGCGCCGGUGUGUGAAUUACAGAAGGCAAACUCGUGCAGCUCAUCCCGAGGCCUGAACCUGCUGUUGCUGGACGCGGACCGCUUCAACGGAAACACAGAUGACCUGCGCCACGUACCGGUCUCUGUUCAAAAUAAAAUUAACGUCUCAUUUAAUGCUUCCACGUCUCCCGUUACAAAUUGCCGCAAUUCAACUUCUCCGCUUCUGAACAUUGACAAUGCAACUUCUCCUCCUUCAAAUUUAAACAAUUCCGUUUAUUCAGAUACUGAUAAUUUAUGUGCCAACAACGGGAAUAAGUGUUUUAUCCCAGAGUCCGUGAGAGAAUUUAAUCGAGUGAAUGCCCUUCAAAUCACCGAGAGUUUGGACACAUCACACGACGAUGCACUGAAUUCCAACCUCGCUGGUAUGGGGACCUCCCUGAGCCUGCAGUCCGGCGGCCAAGAACAGAACCGUCGAGCGUCGCGCGAGCGCUCGUCGAGUCCCGCGUCUCGCAGCGUCGUGGCCAUCGGCGAGCGCGUCGACCUGGUCGCGUACUGCGCGCGCGAGUGGCGCGGCGAGACGGGCAAAGCUCACGCCGUCAGACGCGGCUACGAGAGCAUCGAGCGCAGACUGGGCCUCAGAGGCCUGCGAGGCGUGCGAGGCGACCAGUACUGCGCCGUGCGCGCCGCCGUCUUCCAGGCGCUGGCGGGGGCGGUGCCCACACCCAGGGCGGCUCCCGCCUUCGCUCGUCUCAUGGCGGAGGUGGCGGGCGGCGCCGCCUGGAUACUCUCCUGGAGCUUCGGCAGCAGGCUGCACUACGGCAGCACCAUCGACGGCAUGCGCGACUGUCUCGAGACGCUCGAUAAUGUCAGCGACGGUCUUAUCGGACAAGCAGACCGCUGCGCUGCUCUCGUAGAGCUGCUCAACAGCGACGAGCGCCUGGACCUGCAGCUGUGCGAGGCUGUAAAGCUCCACAUGCUGGCGUCUGCACUGCAGCUGCACAGCGUCAACGCGUGCGGUGGAAACGUCCCGCUCUUCGCCAUGAUUAUCUUCGCCAGGGAGACAAGUCAGAACCCCGAGCAGUUCUUACGCAACCAUCUCAACUGCGUCGGUGACACGGCUGGUCUCGAACAGAUCGAAAUGUUUCUACUGGGGCACAGCCUGAAGGCGACGCUGCAGGUGGUGCGCCCUUCCUUCUACGACCAGGAGGACUUCAUCUGCUACUAUCCUGACACGAAGCUUGAUGAGUGGCCGCAACUGACGCUCAUAGCAGAGGACGACAGGCACUACAAUGUGCUGGUGGAGUAACUAG